GGAAACCUAACUGUGAUCCCUCCAUGGCGACGAUGGCAUUCACCCAACCCAAAAAAAACCUCCUCCCUCUCCUCCUCUUCCUCUUCUGCAUCUCCGUCAUCAUCCUCCUCAUCCUCCUCUCCGAGACCACACACUCCAUCUCCCAACAACACACCACUCUCCCCCUAAACCACAACAACGCCCUCCCACCUUUCACUCUCCUCAUCAAAGUCCUCACCUUUAACCGCCUCCACUCCCUCUCCCGCUGCCUCCUCUCCCUCUCCUCCGCCCAAUACGGCCUCGCUGGCGACACGCAACGCGUCCACCUCCACGUCUACAUCGACCACUUCACACCCUCACCAAAAUCGACGGAAGAUCACUUGAACAACGCGAAGGAGAUCUUGCGUUUUGUGGAUAAGUUCGAGUGGAGAUUCGGGGAGAAACUGGUUCAUUAUCGAACCGGGAAUGCCGGUUUACAGGGACAGUGGCUUGAGGCGUGGUGGCCGGGGUCGGAUGAUGAGUUUGCGUUUGUUGUUGAAGAUGAUGUUGAGGUUUCUCCUCUUUAUUAUGAGUUUCUUGAAAGCGUGAUUCGGAAUUAUUACUAUGAUCGUUCUAGUUACGACCCUUCUGUCUAUGGUGCUUCGCUUCAGAGACCAAGGUUCGUUCCAGGUAAGCAUGGAAAUAAACUACAUGUGGAUCCCAAAAUGAAUGUUUUCUUAUACCAGUUGGUGGGAACUUGGGGACAGCUUCUCUUCCCUAAACCGUGGAAAGAGUUCAGACUAUGGUAUGACGAGCAUAAAUCAAAGGACAAGAAGCCUUUUCUUGAUGGCAUGGUGACGAAUGGAUGGUAUAAGAAGCUGGGAGAACGAAUAUGGACACCUUGGUUCAUCAAGUUUAUUCACUCUCGUGGCUAUUUUAACAUUUACACCAAUUUCCAAAAUGAGAGGGCUUUGAGUGUCUCUCACAGGGAUGCUGGUGUUAACUAUGGGAAAACCGUUGGACCAGACUCGCAGCUACUGAAUAAAAGUACCAUCAGUUCCGAUUUUCUGAAACUCCGACCCUUGAGCAACCUUAAGUGGUACGAUUACUGUUUCAGUGAAGUUGUUCCCGGUAGAGUUGUGAGGAACCUGGAUGAACUUGGAACUAUUCUUCCUUCUGUGCAGAGAGACAAAACCGUAAUUUUGGUCAGUCUAUUUUCUGCAGACAAGAUGUUUAUCAGGAACUUACUCUGCCAUUUCGAGAAGCUUGAUACUCGAAACCACAUCUUUAUAGGCCCUAGAUCUGAGUUGUUCUAUGAUCUUUCAAGAAGGGGACAUCCUGUGAUUGAUGCGGAUAUGUUUCUGGACAAGUUGGUGAAAAGCAAAACUUCUUACUCAAACUCAGUGAAGGACGCUCUGGGGAAUGCUUACAUUGUUAAGAAGUGCUUAGAACUAGGAUACACCACCUGGGUCUUUUCAAGUAAUGCGCUUCUGGUGGAUAAAGGUUCACUCCUUGACAGAGUCAGAUCAGAAUACGACUUCUAUGUCGGGGAAAGCUCUGGAAUAUUGAUUGUUAAAUCUUCAUCGAUCACUCAAAAGUUAUGGAGCAGUGAGAUCCUGCAUAGCAUUGUAUCCUCAGCCACGAAGAAUCCACCCCCAAAACAAGGUCUAGAUUUUAUUCAUCUAGUGAAAGAGCUAGUGGAGAGAAAGGGCAAGAUGAUUAAGACAGUAGAGACGAUGAGUAUUGCAGAGAAUACCAAUGCCAGUAGAGUAAACCAGUCGUUAGGAGAUGGCAAACCAGUGGCGUGUUGGUCACCUGAAGUUGAUUCCAAUAUCAUCCAGACAAAGCUUGCGGAGUUGAACUUGUGGCUCAUUGAUGAUGAUCUGUCUUGUAAGGCUGUGAUUUGUCAUAGCUCAAUACGUUAGAUAAAAUAAAGAAAGCAUUUUCUGGUAAUGGCAUCGCAAUGAUUCACGGGCGAAGCACAGUGCUGUGUGAGGAAUACCUGGUAAGAGAUGUGAAACUGAUUGUCAUUUAGAUCAAUAUCAAGAAUAUAUUGUUUGUUUGUUACCCUACAGGUUACAGUUAGAGAUUUAUCUUUUUAGUACACUGUUCUGCUUAGAUUUUGUUUGAAACUCGGUUACAGGAAUAUUAUGUGAAUGUAACAUAGAGAGAUUGAUUAUGAAAGAAACUAAAAUGCCACAAAAACACUUAUUUGCAAAUGAGUUCUUGAUUUCACUAAAAUAAGAAAAAGAGUUUUUGAUUCCAUUAAAAGAAUGCUCUGCUUCCAUAGAAGACACGAGAUCCUUCUUUUUUCUUCUCAGUACCAUUAUCAUUAUUAUUACUCCGAUUCUGAAUCUGAGUUUCAGAGUUGUUAUUAUUGUUGUGAUCCAUAGGAAGCUUCAUCUUUGCUAAAGACUCAGUGAACUGCUGCAUACUUCUCAUAUACAUCUCUGCUAUCUGUUUCUGCAUCGAUGUUUCCUCCGUUGCCACAUUCAUUUUCUCCUCUCCUUCUUUGCUGCUUCUUAAUGCUUUUUCCACCUCUCUACUCUCGUUCUCGUUUGAAUCUGCUGUGUUCUUGUCGUCGCUUAAGCUGGUUGUUGUUGAAGAAGAAGCCAUAAAACUUCCAUUCCCCUGAACCUCUUUGUCUUCCAAGCACACCAUUGUUAUGUCGGUCUCUGGCAAAUGUGUUGAGCCGAGACAGAGAAAAGAAGCUGUCCCAGACCUGACACCCAUUCCAUUGAAGUACUCGGUAACCAUUUGUUUGUUCUCGUUAACAACAUUGAUGUCAGGGAACUCAAUCCUCGUGUAGUCCACAGUUUCAGAGACUUGGGGGUUAAGCAACACGACCUCGGAAGAAAUCGAAGUGUUAACCUUGGGAUUGGAUGAAGAAGAAGCAACAAGAGUAGGGUUGACGAUGGAAAGCGUGAGCUUCACGGUACCAGCAGGUGAAUGGAAGAGAUCAGUUGAAGAGAGACUGUAGUCUUGAGUAACACUGUCUUGACCUAUGAUGUCUGAGACUGGGACAAGAGCGAAACCAAGAAGUUGAUCUUCCAUGUAAUGUCUGGCUCUGCUCAUCAUCCAGAUCUCACAUUUGAGAACUGCAGCAUCGAUCUGGUUCACAUUGAUCACAAGCUUCUGGUUGAACUCUGGGUUCUUUCCAGCUCUGUGGAUGAUUCUGGUGGAGAUUGUGUCGUCAGGGUUGUAAGUGAGAGAGAACUUGGCGUAGACGUCUUGGUUGUCGUAGAUACAGAUGUUGUGGAUGUUUCUUGCGUUGUGAACAAACACUUGGAGAACGCCUGAGAAGCCUUGAUGGUAGCAGAACCUAGACGAAGAAGCUUGUUUCAUAGAUUCCAUAGAAGAAGAAAGAUAGAGAUGUCUGUUUAGUUCCUUCACAAGAUCAUCAAGAUAACGAAGGAAAAGCUAUAGAUAAUGAGCUAACGUUUAAAGUGAUACUGAACAGUAGCAUGGCCUCAAAGGAAAGUCAUGAGAAGAGCUAGAGAGAGAGAGAAGUGUUGGUGAAGCAAGGGGAGCUUUCGCUUUGAGGAAAUUCAGGAGCAUUGAAUGGAAGGUUAAUAUGGUUGGUGGAGAAAAUGAAACAAAACCUAUGAAUUUCUAGAAGAUAAAAAGUAGAUUAUGAUGACAAACAUGAUCAUUAUGAAGACCAUGAAAUCUAUAGAUUUCAGUAUUUCAAUCACAGCAAGAACAACAAUUCAUAUUGGUCAACAAAGUUGACA